GUGAAGUCACAGUUAAACCCUACGAAAUGGCUUUCAAGCUCGUAGUUCUGGUAUGCGCAUUCGCAGCGGCCCACGCUGGCGUGGUCUCUCCCGUAACAUACACAGCGCACCCCGCACCAGUCGCCUAUGCCGCUGCCCCAGUUGUCCACGCUGCCCCCGUUGUCCAUGCCGCUCCAGUUGCCUACUCCGCGCCCAUCGCUAAAGUCGCUCAAGUCGAAGAAUACGACGCGCAUCCACAGUACAGCUUCGCUUACGACGUUCAAGACGGUCUCACCGGCGACUCCAAGUCCCAGCACGAGACCCGCGACGGUGAUGUAGUCCAGGGCUCUUACUCGGUCGUCGACCCUGACGGCACAAAGCGCACUGUGGAGUACACCUCUGACCCACACAACGGAUUCAACGCUGUCGUACACAGAGAGCCCAUCGGCGCCCCCAUCGCUAAGGUAGCUGCCCCUGUUGUACACGCUGCCCCAGUUGUACAUGCUGCCCCAGUCGUACACGCUGCUCCAGUUGUACACGCUGCCCCCGUCGCGUACUCCGCCCCCAUCUACCACCACUAGGAACUUGAAAGCCGCUAGUCAAAAUGAAAAGUAUUAAAUUAUUUAUAGUAAGCAAAUAAACAUAUUUUAAUAAA